AUGCCCGGCCGACUGAAAGUCCACCGUCCUUCUCCGACGACCGUCUCCUUCACAGUAUCGAAUGCGCCUCAGCGCUCAAGCUCCCCGCCAAAAUUCUAUUCGGUCUCCGAGUGCUGCUGCGCACAGUCUUCUUCCUUUGUCCCGUUCGGCUCAAAGCUGUGUCGCUUCGUGGAUUCAUACAACCCGCUGGCAAUCGCUGUGGUUAGUGCAUUGGUGAUAUACGGUGUCUUUAGAAGAAACUACACAGAGGAAUCGCUCUUAGUUAUUCGAGGGUUCGGAAUUCAGACCUCAACCUCAUCUGCGACAUAUCUUUCCACUGCUGCAACGAGGUUCAUUCCUACCACACAAAUCCAGGAUAUUGUGAUCCACGAAGCUUUUAAGGGCUUUGAGGUCCGCUUCUAUUUGGCUGUCAUUGUUGAAGGCGAGCCUGAUGCUCUCGUGGUCUUUCCGCAUAUGUUGCCAAAGCGUGAGAUUCUAGAGCAAGUUUGGAGAGGUUCGCGGCGUUGUCUCUACGACGCAAAGUCAUGA